CGCGGCAUCGACGAAUGGCCGUCGAUGAGCAAUGUCAUUUCGUACUUCUUGCAAUAUUAGUCACGAAAUCAAGUUUUAUUAAAAUUUAAAUGUUAUUCAUCAAAUUAUUUAAAACAAAAUUAAAGCAUGUCGUAUUCAAAUCAAAUAUAUUACUUAGAUUCGAGUUUCGUGAACUUUAUCGAGGAGAUAUUAAAUAGUGAUUGUGGUUUGAUUUUUUUGAUGCGUUCAAUAAAGUUUCGAUGUUGUAGCGAGUUUUGUAAAUAAAUAUGUUAUUUUAAUGACUUUCCGAUUGUUCCGUUAGAUAUCCUCUAUUGAUACGUGUUAGUUGGCAUCAGAUCUUGAGAGAACCGCAAGUGCUGUAGAUUAACAAAGUGAGAUAGAUAAAAACAAAAUGUGGAAGUGUUUACAGUUUCUUAUUUUUUCUGCAUCAUUGUUGACGUUUGUACAAUCUCAAUAUUCCGGCGCUAGCUGCGCGAUACAGGAUGAUAAUCGACCGGGUGUCUGUCUUCAGCUGAAAGAUUGUAUUCCGCUGAUGAAAGAAAUAAAGAACAGCGGCACCACGAUAUCAGUACAAUUAAGAAGAAAAUUACAAUCCCUAUCUUGCGGCUAUGACCAGGAUCUUCCAUUGGUGUGCUGUAGUGCGAUUACUAAUGAUAGAGAUGAUAGUUCCAGUAAUGCCGGUAACAAGAAUGGUAAUAAUAAUUCUGACAACGGCCCGCCUGACGUGAGCAGACAUCAGAACCUCGGUCUACUGCCAACGCAGUGUGGAAGUAUCGAAAAUGAUAGAAUAUUCGGUGGGAACAAGACACGGCUAUACGAAAUGCCUUGGAUGGUGCUGAUUGCAUAUGAUUCAGCACGCGGAACAAAGUUGAGUUGCGGCGGUACACUGAUUUCCGAGUGGUACGUGCUGACGGCCGCGCACUGCGUCAGCUUCCUCGGGCCGCGGCUGACGCUGACGGGCGUGGUGCUCGGCGAACACGACGUCAGGAGGGACCCCGACUGCGAGAGAGUCGAGGGCGAGCUGAAUUGUGCUCCAAGAGCGAGGAAUGUGACCAUCGACAGUGUGAUAGCCCACCCGGGGUACACUCCGCAGACUCUCGUAGAUGAUAUAGCAUUGGUGCGGCUGUCGGAACGAGCGGACUUUUCUUUAGAUAGCAUGAAGCCAAUAUGUUUGCCGACAACACGAGACCUACAGAGAGAGUCUUUGGAUCAUUUAAUAGGAGUGGUAGCUGGGUGGGGAGCCACAGAAGAAGGACUUCAAUCUCCAGUUCUGCUCAGUGUUGAUCUACCGAUUGUUCCUAGGCCAGAAUGUCAAGCGGCUUAUAAUGGAUCUCCUAAAAUUCAUGCAACUCAAUUGUGUGCGGGUGGUGUCUUGGAUAAAGAUUCAUGCGGCGGUGAUUCUGGAGGUCCACUGAUGUACCCUGGUAGGACAGUAUCCGGUGUGAGGUAUGUACAACGAGGCAUUGUAUCGUAUGGAUCUAAGCGUUGCGGCAUCGGAGGCUUCCCCGGCGUUUACACCAACGUUGCCUAUUACAUGGAUUGGAUUCUAGACAAUAUGAGCAGUUGAAUUAUAUGUAACAAAAUCGCUGUCUAUCGGAUGUUAAGUGACUGAUGCUUUUUUUAGCUUGUAAGAUAACAUAAUACAGCUAAAGCCCGCAACAGAACUUCAGUUCUGAUACUCUAUGUGGAGAAUUGUUCAGUUAAAACUGUUAGAACUACGCAUAGCGGGCUUAACCGAUUUUUUAAUAGAAACUACCCGACGUAACUGAAAAUUCUAACAAAUAAUACUCAAAUCAUACCAAAUUUACACUUUGCUUGAUUAAGCCUAUUUAUGAGCGGACUCACACCUAUGACUAAACUAUCGCACACCUGUUCUGCGAUUGUCGAUUGUUUCGCAGCCAAUUCAACUGUUUAGUUGCACAAC